AUGGCUGUCACCACCUUCACUGAGGAGAACACUUCUCCACUUCCCCCAAAAAGAAUAUUCAAGGCCUCCAUUGUUGAUUCUCAUAACUUGAUCCCUAAGUUGAUGCCACAAGCUAUCAAAAGCAUUGAAGUUCAAGGUGAUGGAGGUGCUGGAAGCAUCAAGACUAUCAAUUUUCCUGACGGUGAUGGACUGGUAGACAACCUUGAGAAGAUAACUUAUGACGUGAAGUUUGAGCAGUCAGCAGAUGGUGGUUCCAUCUCUAAGGUGACUAGCUCAUACUAUACUGUGGGAGAUUUCAAGCUCAAGGAAGAGGAAAUCAAGGCAGGCAAAGAGAAGGUUUUGGCGAUGUUCAAAGCUGUAGAAGCCUAUCUCCUCCAGAAUCCUGAAGCGUAUGCUUAG